AUGUACAGAGGAAAGCCUCACUGGCCAAGCAUGAAAGUGUACAGUAGCAACAAAAGCAGCCUUUGUAUCCGCUGGUUUGGCCUUACAGGAUUUGUGGCCGCAUCCGCGGCUGCCGCUGCUGCUCCUGACUUCAAGAGCGAAUCAUGUCCGCGAUCGGCAGGUUCGACUUUCUUGCAGAAGGUUCCUUCCUUGCGACGGCUGAUGACAUUGACUGGCAUGGAUCACCUUGAAGUUGCUGCCCCUGGUUUCGAGUGGCUGCCGGUAGAUGGUGGCAUGAAUCGAGCUUGCCGUGGCAAGUCGGCAGGUGACAACUUGGCCUCGUAUUUCACUGUGCACCAGGGGCUGGGCAGCCUUCUUGCCUGCCAAGACCUCUGCGAGGGCACCGCAGCCUGCAAAGGCGUUGAAUACCACACGUCUGGAAGAUGUGAGAUCUGGACUCGCGUGGGCGGGAUCGAGGCAAGCAUCAGCUUGGAUGGAUAUUCCUGUUACAGCUAUGAGAUUUCUGAUUUCAUCCCAGUUGAUGCGGGCAUCAACCGAGCCUGCCGCGGAGAGACUGCUGCAGAUGACUCUCCAAGCUACAAAACGGUGCAUACAGUCUCUUCCCUUAGCCAAUGCAAGCAGCUGUGCCGGAAUAAUGCUAGUUGCACAGGCAUCGAAUUCAACAAUAUGCGGUGUGAAGUCUGGACAUAUGACAUUCAAUCAUCCAUUGAGGCAUCUGGCUUCCAGUGCCUGAAGCUAGAGUUCUCCAACAUUGAUGGGGACAAUCGUGCCUGUCGAGGGUCAAGUGUUUCUGACAACAAUCCACGGAAUUACAUCAUCGCUGAAGGUGCCGCAUCAGAGUCGGAAUGCAAAGAGGCUUGCAGGUCGCAAGAUGGAUGCGGUGGCGUUGAGUACAGCCCUGGACGAUGUGAGCUGUGGAUCCGCCCCGAGGGUAUACAGGCGACUGUACCUCUGGAUGGUUUCAAGUGCCUGCGCUACCACGGAGGGAGCACAACAACCACUUCACCGACCACAAUGACCACAACGCAGGGUAUGACCUCGGAGCCAAAUCGUGCUCAGUUUCUCAUUCGUUCCACCUUUGGACCGACUUUGUCAAGCCUACAAGAGCUUGCCAACAAGACAUACCAAGAAUGGAUCGAUGAGCAAAUGCUGCUGCCAGCCGGGCUCCACCGAGCGUUUUGGAGACAGCGCGUAAAUCCUCACGUUCUGCCGGAGGAUGUUGACAAUGGGAACCUGAUCGGCAAUGCCCGUUCUCGGUGUGAGACCGGCUCCCGCUGGGUGGGCUACACGUUCUUGACACGUGAUGUUGGCCGGGCUGUCAAGGUGAGCGGAAAUCGGAUCUUGGUAGAUGGCCUGCAUCGAACGGAUGUAGAUCCAACGCACGCAGGCAAUGGCUUGGAUCCUCCACAGACCUGCAACAACAAUCCUCCAGAGUACUGGCAGACAAGAGGUUUGACGUGUGAAGCUGAGGCUGAGAGCAUGGCAUGGAAUUGCUUUGACGAUUUCUGGAAAGAAGAAAAGCUAUGUCAGAGGACCUGCUUUGACCGAGGGUAUGGUUACAGUGGAGACGACUGCUCUGGUGGUUGGGCAGGAGUUGAGUUUGAUGGGUAUGUUUGCAGCGUGAAGGCGAACACAGUCGGAGCAUGGGUGCAGCUGGGUACAACAGAGGACUGCACGGCGAAUCUGCGAGCGAUGACAAACCCUCAUGUGUGGAGGAGCGCAGCAACUGCUGAAAUGAUUCAAAGCUUACAUUUCACCGUGUUCCGUCCGGAUGUUAUUCUCAUGUCAUCGCCCGUUGACCCAUGCAACAUUGGCACUGUCGUGCGGUCGGACGUGGAGUAUGCGGAGGGCCGGUUUUACAUGCUGGAGCCGCGUCUGACUCUGACGGAAAACACCUUAGAGAGGCCGGCCUCAGCCGGUUCCUGGCUUGGAGGUGUCUGCCCGGCCGUGAGCAGGACAUUUCUCAAUGAAAAGACUUGCAAACUCUUGCCAGGUUGUUUACCUCUCGGGGUUGAGAGCAUCCGCUUGACGCUGAAUGCCGCUACUUUUCAGAGGUUCUUCACUGUUGGAGGGCGCUAUGUAUAUGCAAUCGCGGGCCUACGAACCAGCACCUCACCAUGCAACCGGAGAUCACGCUGGAAAAGGUUAGACUGCCAGCAGGAGUCGUGUACUACGACCUCGCUCCCUACCAGUGAUGCAACGGCCAUCAGUUCGCAGCUCAUGGCGGAAGCAUCGCAAGGAUGGCUUCGUGACACAACCAUCGAAUGCAAUUCCAUCGCAGCGGGAGCAGUCGUGCAAGUGGGCUCCGACUACUUCCAGCACGUCCACUUAGAUGAGUUUAACGUCUACGACUUCACAGACUGGGUCGCAGCUCAUCCAGGUGGACCAGACAAGAUUACGCAGUGGACCAGCCAGGGCUACCGAAUCGAAUUUCCCUCAUGGCAUGACAUGUCGCGCUGGGACUCUGGCAGUGCUCCCGGCGUGCUUCGGCCAAACUUGGUGGGAAAGUACGAGGAGGUCGUUCUUCUUCAGACUUUGCCACAGCCGCUGCAAACCCAGGCCCUCUUGGAUGACUUCAGCAGUGGCGUCAGUCAAAGCGAGGUCUCGCUUGUCUGUGGAUCGCCCGGUGAGGUUGCGAAUGAGCCCAAGAAUGGACAUCAGCUGUCAAUCACUCAUGGAGGAGAUUAUGACUGGCACUUCGACAUGGAUUACUUGUCACGGUGGGGUACUGACCGACUAGCGAAGACGGCGGUUUGGACGAUGCAUGCGCUCUACGGCAAGGACCAGCUGCGACAGCGUACGGCCUGGGCGUUGUCACAGAUAUUUGUUGUGGCAAUCGUUGGUGACAACUAUGCCGGGCAGAAUGAGAUGUGGAUGAACCUUUACGAUAUCUUUGUCCGGCAUGCAUUCGGCAACUUUAGGGAUGUGCUUCGCGAGGUUACGUACAACCCCAUAAUGGGAGACUACCUCACCUUCAAGCGAAAUCGAGCUUUCGACGAGAGCAACAACUACCCUGACGAGAACUUCGCCCGGGAGAUUAUGCAGCUCUUCACUAUUGGCUUGUGGAAGCUGAACGAGGACGGCACGAGAAUGAAGGAUGCGGCAGGUCGGGACAUCCCGACCUACAGCAACGAGCACAUCAUGAACUUCGCACGUGUGUUUACAGGUUUCGAUGAGCAGCCGGAUAGAGACAACAUUGAAUGGGUUUGGAAUCAAAACUUCAUCGACCCGAUGCGAAUCCAGGCCAGGUGGCAUGACGUGUACCCCAAGCCGGAUUUGGACAGUGGCUUUCUGGGGGAUGGUUAUCCUCUGUGUGCAGAUCUUCCGACCGGCUACUUCUUGCGCAAAGGUGCUCGCUAUGAAUUCUUGGGGCACUCCUAUUCAGGAACAGAUGUCUUGAACUUGACGACGGCCUCAGCACUUUUUGCGCAGCUUUGCAGCUCGAGUGGAUCCACGUGCAGCUAUCGUCCAGCAGUAGAACUGAGCCAGGACCUUGAAUGCAGCAAUCAAGAAUGUGCAGUGGACACGGUCUUCGUUGUGCUCGUGGCUGGAGGCUACUAUGAGUAUGUGCCACCUGCGUGCACCAACAUGUUUUUCUUCAACGGGCAGGUCACGCGCAGAGGCGGACGAGCAUGGGGCUGGACUGAUGAAUGCCAAGACCCGAAUGCACCGGUUGCAGGAUCCGCCUGCUGUGGUGGAUGCAAGAACCGCAAGGAUUGGUGGUGGUUAGAUUGGAAGAAGUGCUCUUGUGACAAUGCCACGGUUGCCUGCCCGGAACUGUUUACAGAGAAGUGCCACCACGAUGAUUUGUGGGCGGAACACAAAUGGUGCCGCCUGGCAUGCUGGGAGCAGAAUGUUGGAUAUGAAGGUGAUGAUUGUACCAAAGGCUUGUGGCGUGGCGAGCGGCUCUGCGGCUAUCCUAUGGAGCGUGUGAGGAUGGCCACGGCUCAGCGUCAGUGUGCAGAUCGUGGCCUGGAGCUUUGUUGGGAGCGGCUCGAGGGGUACGAGUGUGACUAUGAUGAGGUUCCAGUAUGGACUCCUGAACGCUGCAGCUAUGAAGUUAUCGUGCACUCUGAUGGCAAAGUCAGCUCCAAUUUGACCAGCCGUACCCGGCAGAAUCGCUUCUCAGUGGCCUGGAAGACAGGGUAUCCUGCGGUAACGUCAGGUUCAUGCCCGGCUGGAUGCAGGGUAUCUGCGGAUGCGUGCUCGUGCAGCCUCGCCGUUGAAGUCCGUGCGGUUUUUACACAGACUCCAACAGCCAACCAGCUGGACAGAUUGAAGAUCGGGUCAGUCAAACCUUCCGGCCAAUGCACUCAAGCAUGUUCUGGUCCCGUCCGGGUGUAUUCUACCACUGGCAUGCUGGAUGCCGAGGCGGUGUUCGAGUCUGACGGCAAAUUCUACAAGAACAAAGAAGUGAUAGUUGUUGCCGGUGACAAAUCUGCUGGGUUUGAGUUUCGAAACCCUCCAGCAUUUGUCACUUUAGACAAUCCAAGUGAAAGGGACGCUCAUGCUGAAGUCGCGAGCUUGCUUGACCACCUCUUCCAUCACAGCAACACAGCCCCGUUCAUCUCGUAUCGUCUGAUCCAGCGGUUUGGCAUGUCGAAUCCUUCUGCAGCUUAUGUUGAAGCAGUUGCACGAGCCUUCAAGACAGGACAGUAUGAUGGCCGGGUGUACAGUGGGGCCUACGGUGACCUCGGAGCUGCUGCAGCGGCUACGCUCCUCUUCCCUGAAGCACUUCGUCCGACGAGCUCCACGAGUGGAUCUCUCAGAGAACCAUUGCUGAAGGUGAUACAUUUCAUGAGGUCCAUGGAGUACAAGGAUCGUGUUGGACGUAAUGUUCUGCUUGAGAACUUGAUGCCUUUCAUUGGCCAAUUUCCAUACCGCUCCCCAUCAGUGUUCAACUUCUACUUGCCGGGUUUCAAACCCGCUGACUUUCCAGCUGAAUUGGUCGGACCCGAGUUCCAGAUCUUCACGCCUCCCAUGGCUAUCGGUUUGGCCAACGGGCUUACUUCGCUCAUUGAGCUGGGCUUGGGCCCAUGUUCUGGCGGUUUUGGUUUUGAUGCACCUCAGAACUGCUCAAAUGGCCAGCUACACUUGGGUGAAUUGGAAUGCUUGCAGCCGACCAUCGACCAGCUGGAUCUCCUACUCACAGGGGGACGACUCCAUGACUCGGCGAUGAUCCGCAGUGCUUGGCAGGGUGCAGAAGGUGGCCAAGAGUACAAGACUGCACAGAUGGCCAUGGUGAUGACCCCGGAGUUCCACACGCUCGGAGAUCCUCUCCCUGCGGGUCCGCGAAGUCCGAAGCCAACACCAGUCAUUAGCGAUCCACGCUCCUACAAAGCUCUCAUCAUGGUCUUCUUGAACGGCGGUGCUGACACAUUCAACAUGUUGGUUCCAAUGAACUGCGCGCUCUAUGAUGAGUAUCAAGAAGUUCGAGGUUCUGUGGCGCUGUCGCCCUCGGAAAUGAACCAGAUCAGCACGGAGGGGCAGCCCUGUGCGGACUUUGGCAUUCAUGCUCGGCUACCAGUUCUGAAGGAGCUCUAUGACCUAGGAGAAGCAGCGUUUGUCAGCAAUGUGGGCUCUUUGGCAGCUCCUUUGAGCAAAGCUCAGUGGGAGAAUGGCGCAGGAGAGCGUUGCACUGGCCUCUUCUCACAUUCAGAUCAGCAGCAGGCAGCUCAAACACUAACCUGCCAAAGCGCUGCAUCGGCAUCGAAAGGUGCUGGCGGUCGCCUUGCAGAUGCAUUGGGUGCAAGCAGCCAGAAGUACAGAACCAUGUCGUUCUCGGUGGCUGGUAUGUCGACAUGGCCACAGGGCGUGGAAACGGCUGCAGAGAUCAUUGACCAGCGUUCAGGAACAGUGAAGUUCGAGAACUAUGAGCGUCUCAAGACCGUGAUCAACAAUAUCACGAGUGUCCAGCAUGGCAACGUCUACGCGGAGGAAUUUGCACAAAAGUUCGCGGAAUCGAUCAAGUUCAACGAGGAGCUGGACAAGCAAUUGAAGACGGCCAAGCUCAAGACUUCGUAUCCCACCAACGAGCUGGAACUUUCCAGGCAGCUCAAGCAAGUCGCGCGCCUCAUUGCCGCACGCGUUGAGCGCAAGGCAGAGCGAGACGUUUUCUUCGUGGAGAUUGGUGGUUGGGACACGCAUUCCAGUGUCAGCCAAGAGCUCAACAAUCGGUUCGCAGAGCUGAACGAUGCGUUGCAAACCUUCGUCAGCGAGAUGAAGGCUCAGGAGAUUUUUGGUUCCACCACAUUGCUCACACACUCUGACUUUGCACGGACAUUGACUCCAAAUAGUGGUGAUGGGACGGAUCAUGGCUGGGGCGGCAAUUAUGUGAUGCUGGGAGGUGCAGUGAAUGGUGGCCGCAUCUACAACGAUUUUCCGGCAUCUUUCAAGGAAGGCAGCGCCCAGGAUGCCGGACGCGGUCGUCUCAUCCCCAAGUACCCCUGGGAGAAUAUGAUGUUACCUGUCGCGGAAUGGAUGGGCAUGGAAGAUACACAGACGUCAGAGGUCUUUCCCAACAUUGCAGCCUUCAACUCGACGUUGCUGAUGCGGGCUUCCACGCUGUUUACGGCAGCAAGCUAA